AUGGCCUGGCAUGUGGUGUUUCUCUGGUUCUGGGUCUUCUGGCUUCACAGCGUAGUUGGUCAAAACUAUGAAGAAACUAUAACUCACUUUCCAGAAGUCAAAGAUGGGAAGUGCGUCUUCCCAUUCCGCUACAGAGGAGGGACGUUCCACGACUGCGUCAUGUUCAACUCAAAGCACAGGUGGUGCUCCCUAAAUGAGACUUACCAAGGAUAUUGGAAGUAUUGCUCCGAGGAAGACUUUGCAAAAUGCAUGUUUCCCUUCUGGUACAGACGCCUGAUCUACAGCGAGUGUACUGACGACGGGGACCUGUUCGGGAAGAAGUGGUGCUCGCUGACCCGGAAUUAUAACAAGGACAAGGUUUGGAAAUAUUGUGACUGAUGGUGACAUUUUCUGGGAGGGGCAGGAGGAGGUCUAAUUGUUCUCCGGGGAAAUUAUCUCCCGUUUCUUUUCUCCUUAAAAAUGUUGUUUUAUGGGGCACCUGCGUGGCUCAGUCAGUUGAGCGUCUGAGUUCGGCUC